AUGCCUUCAGCACCGUCGACCCCGCAGCGUUCCACGCCGGCGCGCCGACGCGGUCGACCGCGCACCUCAACCUCAGCCGCGCGAUCCAGCCGCGUUGCCGUUGCUGACACGGAACCUCCCCCAAAGAAGCGCCGGUAUAUCCCCGGUGGCCCCGGCGGCGGUGGCAGGUUUGUUGAUGAGAAUGGAAACGAGGUUCCGAGACCGGCCGGCUCAUCCAGCGCCCCGAGGCCCCGUGCCGCUGCCGGCACCCCAUCGACAGGCAAGCCCCGGCGAUCUCUAGCCGCCGGUUCAGCCGCUGUAUAUCCCAGAAGAGAGCGCAGCACGAGGAUGCGUACGGCAACGAGCAGGUUCGAGCCCGAUGACGAACAGUUCAGCUCUGCCGCCGCCAUCACCAGCGCCGUAAUCCAGAGCGAGGGCUAUAAACCCCGAGAAGAGAGGGGCUGGGAAGAGUUUCAUCCAAAUCUAGAUAUCGAAGCAACGUUCAUGGUCUUCCAAUCCGAAGAUGUCGAUGGGACUGCGAGGCCAAGGCCUACUACUCCAAAGCCUGCAGUCACUGCAGCUUCUGCCGAUACAUCGACCCCCAAGGGUGCAUCGCCCCUCAAGACCCAAGAGGACGAGGAAGCAACAAAAGAUGCCGUGCUGGUCCCACCAGAGGGAAGCCAGAACAGCACAACACCCAUGACAAGAAGGAGCAGGGGAAGGCCGUCUCGAGACCCCCUUGGUGUCUAUGGCAUGCGUGGGGCCGACUUCUCCAUGACCCCGAAAGUCCCCAAGGUGCUUCCCAUACAUAACCAGACACCCAAGGAGCGCCUUGAUCUCAAACAGCCUUCUUACCGGAAAACAGAUCGGAUAUCCAUGUUCGAAAGCAAAACGUUCGGCCAGGCUCGAUAUGUCGAGAAGUCGAUGAUGAACGUGGGAUACCAGGAGAGUGACCAGUAUCUCCGCCCAGAGAGGAUGUUGAUAAAAGCCACCGACGGGAACAUCGAGGAAGAUCUAGAGCAACUGUCCGCAAUUGCGAAAGCGGAUGGCAGCUCGACCAGCUCACCUUCGAACACCCUUGGUCGAGUCGAGUAUGACAUGGACGAGCAAGACGACAUGUGGCUGGAGAAGUACAACGAGCGUCGGAAAGAAGCGAAUCUGGACACCAUCACUCGUGAAAUAUUCGAGAUUGCCAUCACCAGAAUAGAAAAGGAGUGGCAUGCUCUCGAGAAGAGAAUACCAAAGCCCAACCCCAAACCUCCUCAGACGCACAGGCCAAGAUCAAGCUCGGCUGCGGCUGUUAAUGGUGAGACGCAAGCCGGAGAAGAACAAGACAGUAAAUGCGCCAUAUGCGAUGACGGAGACUGCGAAAACACAAAUGCAAUCGUCUUCUGUGACGGGUGCGAUCUAGCGGUUCACCAGGAGUGUUAUGGUGUGCCUUUUAUCCCGGAAGGCCAGUGGCUGUGCAGGAAGUGCCAGCUGAUUGGCCGAGGCGUUCCGACGUGUAUCUUCUGUCCGAAUACGGAUGGUGCCUUCAAGCAGACUAACUCGUCCAAAUGGGCACAUCUCUUGUGUUCCAUGUGGAUCCCGGAGGUUUCUCUGGGUAACCACACGUUCAUGGAGCCUGUGAUGGAUGUGGAAAAAGUGCCCAAAACCCGGUGGAAACUGACGUGCUACCUCUGCAACCAACGGAUGGGAGCCUGCAUCCAGUGCGGUAACAAAGCAUGUUAUCAGGCAUUUCAUGUGACCUGUGGGAGACGGGCACGAUUGUACCUCAAGAUGAAGAACAGCCAAGGUGCGUUGGCCGUGCUUGAUGGCAAUAUGGUUCUCAAAGCCUUCUGCGACAAGCACUGUCCGGCAGAUUACACCAAAGAGAACAACGUCGCACAGGCCACCAGGGAUGCGAAGAAGUUCUACAAGAAGAUGAUGAAGGGGCGGCUCUGGGCAACAAGUCAGGAUUCUGCUGCCGAGCUCGCAGCUACACAUCGGCAAGCGCUACAUGAACAACCCGCAGACGAUCUGCAGGCAACGGGAGAAAACGCAGUUGUCGCUGCAGACAAGAAGCGCGGCCAAGUGCAAAAGUGCUGGUGGAGGUUACCUUCAGGAGCACCCGUAAUACCCCAGUCCGUUCUUACCAUCGUCGAGGGAGCUAUGCAACGGUUCCCGUUCAGUAAGAGAAAAGACUUUGUAGCAGAGGCUUGCAGAUACUGGACGCUGAAGCGAGAAGCGCGUAGAGGCGCCGCUCUGAUAAAGCGUCUGCAACUUCAGAUGGAGACAUUCUCCUCAAUGGAGCUUACCAGACGUGAUUUUAGCGCCAUGGGUCCAUCAGGCAAAGCACGGCUGGAGAGGAGAAUCGAGUUUGCCAGCAUGCUUAUCAAGGAUUUGGAACAGCUCAAGACUCUUUCAGACGAGAUUGUCAAGCGCGAGCUGGACAAGCUCGAGGCGGCGGAGCUAGAACAAGAUUUUGUCGACACUGUUUACUUCCCCAUCUACAAGCUACUGCUACCUGUCAUUGACAAGGCACUUGCGCUUGAUAAAAGUGUCUUCAAAGAAGGUCUGAAUGGACUGCAGAACAGACUUGAUGAGAGACAUUACACCACGACUCUGGCUUUCGCUCAUGAUUUGUGUGAGGUGAUUCACGUGGGCAUCAACUCAAGCCCAAUCAAGCAAGAUGCAGUUGAAUUGGCAGACAGACCAGAAGAGGGAGAUCCAGUUGAUGUUUCUCCAUCCAAACAAGGCUCCGGCUACGUAGAGGCUAGGGACCGCAAACGACUGGGCAAAAGGAUUCUCAAAGCGGUCCAGCCCCAGCUCGAAACAGCUCUCCAUGCUGAAGCAGACAUUGCCAACAAACCUUUCGAAAAGCUCGUCAAGGAGCUUGAGGGCAUGCUGGAAGCUAGCCUCGAGCUUAGACAAGCAUCGAUCACGGUCUUGCAGGACGAAAACGUUGCGCCAGAGCAUAGUGGAGAGGUCGCAAUGGUGGACGCCCCUGACGUCGAUGCCGGUCAGAUUAUAGUAGCCGAUCAUGAGACCCGGACGGCGCAUCAUGGUGAAGCUCAGGCCGAUGUCGACAGGAUGCAGAUCGACGUGGCUGUUGAUGACGCCGGUAAUAUCGAAGUGGACACCUCGGGCGUCGGCAAUGCUGUCGAGGUCAACGGCUGUGCCUCGUCAACGUCGUCGGUUGCAGGACAGGAGAAUCAACCAACCGACCUCACCAAACCCGAAGUGCAUCUGACCAACGGAACUCCCAAGCAAUCAGGUACGCCGCCGGCGGACAGCAACUACAUGCAUGCUCCACUACCGUCGGGUCCACAGCCUGGCCCGCUCACGCCGCCGCAGUCCAACGGUGGCCUGGGUGCCGGAGGGGCUUCCGGUCCCGCUGACGUACUUACCGACGGUGGGCUUCCGUGGUAUUUGAAAUCAUUUCAUGUCGACGGAACUUCUGCAGCCGAGGACAAGUGGGCAGGACGGGAUGCGGUCCGCAGCCUUAGCGAGGACCUUACAGAUAUGGACGAAGAGGAGCUCAACGGGCUCGAGUUUGACGUCGAGGACAGCACUAUUACUGCGUCACCAGUGAACGCAAGCAGCAGCGGACCUAUGCUGUCAACACGGAAGAGGAGUAGCAGUAGUGCCAGGCACAGGAAGGGGGUGAGAACGUCGGCUAGGAGACGAUGA